GUUCAUUCAUCGGUUGGUUAGUUAUUGCUGAACUUGAAUCUCUUUCUCAAGCACUGUCUGAUUUAUUUUGCUAAGUCAUAAGUGAAAACAGUUUUUAUUUUUGAAGAGUGAAUGUUUUGAAUUUAAGUAACAAAAAAUGAACAUCAAAAACUACUUGUCCUUUGCCACGUUUGUGACUCUGCUUCUAACGUUAACUCAGUGCAAUGCCUACAAAAUUCUUGCUGCUUUUGUAUUUCCUGCUAGAAGUCAUUACAUGAUGCAUACAGUGCUUAUCAAGGAACUUUUAAAUAGAGGCCAUGAGGUAACUUUCAUAACAACAAUGCCGAUGGGUAAGAAUCUUGGAAAGCACUACACAGAAGUGCUGAUACCAACUUAUAAUUAUCAGAAGGAUGUUAUUGGCCUAUUUAACAUCAAAACCAUAUUCGAGCUUACAACUCUAACUUUAAAGGACUUUUUCAGAAUGAUGGACCUCCUCGGUACACGAACAACUGAAUUUGCUUUGCAACAACCAAAUGUUCAAGAAAUCUUACAUCGAAAUGACACCAAAAAUGUCUAUGAUCUUCUUAUUGUUGAACAAUUCUAUCAGGAAGCUUUCUUAGCUUUAGCCCUGAAAUAUGAUAUUCCAACUAUUUCCUCGAGUACUUUAGGACAACAGACUUUUAUGAGUGAAAUGAUGGGUGUUAUUACACCAUGGUCAUAUGUCCCUCAUGGCUCCUUAGCACUCGAUGAUAGAAUGACUUUUUGGGAAAGAGUACAGAAUUCAGUGGCAUCUUUGUAUGAUGGUUUCUUCAGGGAGUUUAUUUAUUUUCCCCAUCAAGAUGAGUUGGUGCAGAAGUAUUUUUCACAUUUACCAAUGAAACUUCCAACAGUGUCUGAAAUGAAGAAGAAUGUAUCAGUGCUGCUGUUGAACAGUUAUACUCCACUGACUUCACCAAGACCAACUAAUAUGGGAAUGGUUGAAGUUGGUGGAAUGCAUAUUUACCCACCGAAGUCACUUCCAGCAGAAAUAAAGGCAUUUUUAGAUGGAGCUACUCAUGGGGCCAUCUACUUUAGUUUAGGAAGUCAGGUAAAAAGCUCUGAUUUACCGAAACAAAAAUUAAAAAUCUUCCUUGACGUCUUUGCCAAGAUGAAACAAAGAAUUUUGUGGAAAUUCGAAGAUGAUUCACUGUCAAAUUUGCCAAAGAAUGUAAUGAUCAAAAAAUGGAUGCCACAGGGUGAUAUUCUAGCUCAUCCAAAUAUUAAAGUUUUCAUUACCCAUGGAGGACUAUUUGGUAACCAGGAAGGUGUACAUUACGGAGUUCCAAUGCUGGGAUUGCCAGUUUGUUGUGAUCAGUAUCUCAACAUGAACAAAGCAGCUAAGGCUGGCUAUGCCAUAACUUUGGAUUUCAAUGAAAUCAGCCGAGAAAAUCUCGAAUAUUCCUUGACGGAACUUUUGGAAAAACCUUCUUACCGCAAUAAAAUGAAUCAAAUAUCCGAAAUAUUCCGUGAUCGUCCUCUAAGUGCUCGGGAUUCAGCGAUGUAUUGGAUAGAAUAUGUCGGUCGACAUAAGGGUGCACGUCAUAUUCGAUCAGCAGGAUUGGAUUUGGCUUGGUAUCAGUAUUACCUGUUGGACGUAAUUGGAUUAUUUACGCUAGCAGUUGUUGGUGUAGUUGCUGCAAUAUUAUUGUUGUUAAAAAAGGUACUAGGAACUAAGAAAAGCAAAGACAAAAUAAAUUAAC